AUGCCGACAAUUUCGGUUAAACGAGAUUCUCUCUUUACUGCUCUUGGAAGAACAUACACUGAUGAGGAGUUUGAACAGUUAUGUUUUGAGUUUGGCUUGGAAUUAGAUGAAGUUACAACAGAAAAGCAAAUGUUGAUAAAAGAGCAAGGCGAUCAUGUAGCAGCAGAUGUCUCUGAAGAUAUUUUGUACCGUAUAGACAUUCCAGCUAAUAGAUAUGAUUUAUUAUGUCUAGAAGGAUUAGUAAAUGGGAUAUUAGUUUUCCAAGGAAAGAAAGCACCACCUCAGUACAAGUUUAAAAAAUAUGAAGACUGUCAUUCUCUACACCUCACUCCUGCAACUGCUUCAAUUAGGCCUUAUGCUGUAGCUGCUAUCCUAAGAGGAAUUAAAUUCACAAAGGAAAGCUAUGAUAGCUUCAUUGACUUGCAGGAUAAACUUCAUCAAAACAUCUGCCGUAAACGAACCCUUGUGGCCAUAGGAACCCAUGACCUGGACACCAUUCAGGGUCCUUUCGUUUACGACGCGUUGCCGCCAAGUGAAAUAAAAUUUAAAGCUCUCAAUCAACAAAAGGAGAUGACAGCGCCGGAACUCAUGGAGUUGUAUUCUGGGCACGCACAACUAAAGCAAUAUUUGGGUAUAAUCAAGGAUAGUCCUGUUUACCCAGUAAUAAAAGACAAGAACGGGGUGGUUCUGUCUAUGCCGCCAAUUAUUAAUGGUGACCAUUCAAAAAUCACGCUUGACACCAAGAACGUCUUCAUAGAGUGUACUGCUACAGAUCUCACAAAGGCAACAGUAGUCCUAGACACGAUUGUGUGUAUGUUUUCCGAGUACUGUGCGAACAAGUACGAAGUACAACAGUGCAAAGUGUUCGCAUCAGACGGUACCUACCAGCUGUAUCCCAAAUUGGACUAUAGAGAAGAGGUGAUUAGUAUCGAUAAAGCUAACAACUAUAUUGGAAUCAGUGAGGAGGGCGAUAGCUUGGCGACGCUUCUAUCCCGCAUGUGCCUGAGUACGACGCUGCAGGGAUCCAGCCUGCGGGUGCGGGUGCCGCCCACGCGACAUGACGUCAUACACGCGUGUGAUCUCUACGAGGAUAUUGCCAUCGCAUAUGGGUACAACCGCAUAGAGAGGCGGGCGGCGAACUUGGCGACUAGCGGCAGCCAACAGCCCGCCAACAAGCUCACCGAACAACUGCGACUCGAGUGCGCGCACGCCGGGUACACUGAAGCUCUCACUUUCACACUCUGCUCGAGGGAAGACAUAGCUACUAAACUCGGUGUAAAAAUUGAAGACUUACCUGCAGUCCACAUCUCUAACCCAAAGACCCUGGAGUUUCAAGUGGUCCGGACUGUGUUGCUGCCAGGUCUUCUUAAGACCUUAGCUGCUAAUAAGAAAAUGCCCCUACCACUGAAACUUUUCGAGAUAAGUGACGUCGUGUUGAAAGAUAAAAGUUCUGAGACAGGAGCGCGUAACGAGAGACGUCUGUGCGCCGUGUACUGCGGCCGAGCCGCCGGCUUCCAGUUCGUGCACGGACUACUCGACAGACUAAUGGCGCUUUUGAGGCAGCCCUGGAGUAAAGAAGGAGGUUACUACCUACGUCAGAACGACGACCCAGCGUAUUUCCCGGGUCGUUGUGCUGAAGUAGUACUCCGUGGAGAAGUAAUCGGGAAAAUUGGUGUCAUUCACCCAACUGUGUUGACAGCUUUUGAUCUCUCAAACCCUUGCUCGGCUGUUGAGAUUAACAUUGAACCCUUCAUUUAA